UGUUUCGGUGCCUGCGUGGGGUGCUGCCAGGGAUGUGUUGGCGGUGUGUGUGAGUGCAUGAAUGUGCGUGUGUGUGUGUGUGCAUGCGCGCGUGUAGGAAGAGUUGUUCGCUCUCUUAGACCUUGCUUCUUUCUGUGGUUUGGUUUCUAUAGAGACACUUCCUGUGGCAGAGAAAAGAGGUAGUGAGCUGGUGUUUCAGGAUGUGAGGGCCCGCAGGAGCGGAGCCGGGCUUUCUCUGCGGCCCGCCCGCUCUGCAAGCUCUGACCGGCGCUGCCCACUGUCCACAUGGUGGGCACCCCCUGCGGCGGGGGCCUGUGACCAGCAGCGGCAUGCCAGGGAAGCCCAAGCACCUGGGCGUCCCCAACGGGCGCAUGGUUCUGGCUGUCUCAGAUGGAGAGCUGAGCAGUGUAGCGGAGCCCCAGGACCAGGGCAGAGGCAGCUCCCUCAGCAUCCACAGCCUCCCCAGCGGCCCCAGCAGCCCUUUCCCCACUGAGGAGCAGCCUGUGGCCAGCUGGGCCCUGUCCUUUGAGCGGCUGCUGCAGGACCCGCUGGGCCUGGCUUACUUCACUGAGUUUCUGAAGAAGGAGUUCAGCGCCGAGAACGUGACUUUCUGGAAGGCCUGCGAGCGCUUCCAACAGAUCCCGGCCAGUGACACCCAGCAGCUAGCCCAGGAGGCCCGCAGCAUCUACCAGGAGUUCCUGUCCAGCCAGGCGCUGAGCCCAGUGAACAUCGAUCGGCAGGCCUGGCUCGGCGAAGAGGUACUGGCCGAGCCCCGGCCGGACAUGUUCCGGGCGCCGCAGCUUCAGAUCUUCAACUUAAUGAAGUUCGACAGCUACGCGCGCUUCGUCAAGUCCCCCCUGUACCGCGAGUGCCUCCUGGCCGAGGCCGAGGGGCGCCCUCUGCGGGAACCUGGUUCCUCACGCCUCGGCAGCCCGGACGCCACGAGGAAGAAGCCGAAACUGAAGCCCGGGAAGUCGCUGCCGCUGGGUGUGGAAGAGUUGGGGCAACUGCCGCCUGCUGAGGGCCCUGGGGGCCGCCCGCUCCGGAAGUCCUUUCGCAGGGAGCCGGCAGGCGGGGUCGCAAACUUGCGCCGCGAGUCUCAGGGGUCCCUAAACUCCUCUGCCAGUCUGGAUCUCGGCUUCCUCGCCUUCGUCAGCAGCAAAUCUGAGAACCAGAGCCACCGGAAGAGCCUUGGGAGUGCAGAGGGUGAGAGCGAAAGCCGGCCAGGGAAGUACUGCUGCGUGUAUUUGCCUGAUGGCACAGCCUCCUUGGCCCUGGCCCGACCUGGCCUCACCAUCCGUGACAUGCUGGCAGGCAUCUGUGAGAAACGAGGCCUCUCCCUAUCUGACAUCAAGGUCUACCUGGUGGGCAAAGAGCAGAAGGCCCUGGUCCUGGAUCAGGACUGCACCGUGCUAGCGGACCAGGAAGUGCGGCUGGAGAACAGGAUCACUUUCGAGCUCGAGUUGGCAGCGCUGGAUCGUGUGGUGCGGAUCUCGGCCAAGCCCACCAAGCGGCUGCAGGAGGCGCUGGAGCCUAUCCUGGCGAAGCACGACCUGAGCCUGCAGCAGGUGACGCUGCACCGGCCAGGCGAGAAGCAAGCGCUGGAUCUGGAGAAGCUAGUGAGCUCCGUGACGGCCCAGAGACUGGUUUUGGACACUCUCCCAGGUACUAAGAUCCCCGCCGCCAGCGACCUGUCCCCCCGCCGCAGCCAGGGCGGCAGGCCCAGGACCCAGGACAAGGCCUCCCACUCUCAUCCACUACCCACUAACUCGCUGGCCGAGCCGCCUUGUAGUGCCACUGGGAAGCGGCAGACCUGUGACAUUGAAGGCCUGGUAGAGCUGCUGAACCGGGUGCAGAGCAGCGGGGCCCACGACCAGAGGGGCCUUCUGCGCAAAGAGGACCUGGUGCUUCCAGAAUUUCUGCAGCUGCCCACCCAAGGGCCAAGUGCCCAGGAAGCCCCACCACAGACUGAAUUAUCCACCCAGCCCAGGGGCGGCUGCUUGGACUCCACUGGCCACCCAGCCCUCUGACAGCUGCCCGACAGUCCAGGCCGGCUGCAUGGCACCUGCGGGCCAAGCAUGCCAUGGGUCCGCUCUGCAUGCCCUAUAUGUUCCAUAAAUGUCCCUGGCCCCGUCUUCCAUGGGCAGGCCCAUGGGAAGAGUGGGAAAGGGGUGGAGAGGGGGCUCAGGGGAGCCACACCCCACGGGUACCACCACCUGACCCCUCACAGGCUCAUCCACUCUCCCCUUGCAGCCAGGCCCCUGGGGGGAGGUGAGCCCAGCCCAGAGGGGUGGUGUUGGCCGCGCCAGCCUCCCUACACUGUGCCAGGACUCAGUGGGGAGCAGGAGGAAGGGCCGGGCCCCUCAGGUUGCUGAUAUGAGUCAGGCCUUGGGGUACAGGUGGGCAGCCUCUCUCUCCACCGACACAGACUGGACUGUACAUAUGGAUUUUGCAGUUGGCUUUGGGGCAGCUGGGUAUGUCCUGGAUGUAUGAUAUUGUUAUUAUAAUAAUUAUUAUUAUUCAGCCAUGAGGUGUUUUCCUUGUGUGCCAGUCUGUCCUGUGCGCCUCUUCCCCCCCGCACCCCAAACCACACUGCCUCUGUCACCAAGGUCAGUGUCAGGAAGCUCUUGGUGAUCUCAGGAUGUACCUCCUGACUUCCUGUUGUCAGAAGCUCUGUUCUUGACUGCCCAGACUAUGGGGUGUGUGCAUGAGAGAGAGAGAGAGACAGCAAACGGGAGGAAGAGAGGAGGGAGGGGAGAACUCUCUGGGGAGCUGCCUCUGCGAGGCGGAGUACUGUUCUGCAGCCUCUGUGGGUCUGCGUACAUCGUUCUGGCCAUUGUCCUCUGCUUUCUGUGUGGACCCAUAGUUAGGGACUGAGUGUCUCAAGCUUGACUGGUGGCCCUUUUGCAUGCAUUGGAAGCCCUGUGUGGGAGACUCUGGCUGUUGGCGGGGCCAGGGGGCAGAUUCUGACCCUUGCCUGCUUCGGCUGGGAGGUCUUUCCUGUCUCAGGCAGCCAGGCAAGCUCAGAGCCCCCACAGGGAGAGGGAGCAGGGAGGACCUCCCAGAAGGAGGGGCCCAGAAAGGUAAGUGCUGCAACAGAGGAAGCAAGGAGAUAUGGGCGCCCGAGAAGUCACCCGAAGGUGAGGAGAUCUCCUGAUGCCUUAAGGAGUUCGAUCUCUCUCCCCUACUCCAGGUCUCUGCACCUGCUGUCACCUCUGGAACGCCACCUGCCUCAUAUAGUGUCAUUGGUUCUCUGUCAUUCCUGGAAUCAGUGGGAGGGAACAUUGUGUUUUGCUGGCCCACCAUCUCUUUCUCCAGAGUUGAACCCAAGCCUGCCUUUGGGAGCUUCAGCCCUCUGACCCCCUUGGCCCGUUUUCUUUGGCUAGGUUGACCCCACCCCCUGGCUGCUGGGGUGAGCUCAUGAUCCAGGCCUGGCCAAUCAGAGUACUCUCUUUCCCUAGCCACAGUGGUUCAGGGGUGAAUGGUCCUCUGACUCAAGUUGUCCCAAGCAGAAUCCCAAUCCUGGUCAUUUUCUACCAUCUCCUGAGGAUGGUGAGUUUGUAGAAAGCCCUGCGUGGAGAGAAUCUGAGUAUGAAUGAGGACAACACGGGACAGGAGAACCAAGAGACGGAAAGAGAUUUUAGACAAAAUUAUGUGAACGCCUGGAUUCAGCCAUUCAAUGACCCCUAGAGUUUCUCAUUAAGCA